GACAAAGAAAAACACAAGACAGAGAAACAGAGUCAGAGCGAGAAACAAGACAGAAACAGAGAAAAUUAGUAAAUCGAAUCAGCGACAAAAAAAACUACUCUGAACAAGAACAUAAAAAAACACAAGUUUCUAAAAAAACCCCGGCGGCCUAGCUCCGGUUAAGAGUUAAAUGGCCGUGGCCUGGCUAAUCUGGCCGUUCGUGCUAUCUCUAACAGCACUUUCUGCAAAUUCGAGAACCGAAUCAGAAGCAUUGUUGAAAUUCAAGGAGUCAUUAACCAACACCAAGUCUCUCGAUUCUUGGACACCAGAUUCAGAGCCUUGUGGAGGAACACAAAGAUGGGUUGGAUUGCUCUGCAACAAAAACACAGUCUUUGGCCUCCAGAUCGAAAAGAUGGGUCUCUCGGGGAACAUCGACGUCACACCAUUAGCUGACCUACCCGAUUUACGCACCAUAAGCAUAAUGAACAACUCAUUCUCCGGUAAUAUACCCGAGUUUAACCGAUUAACCGCUCUGAAAUCGAUUUACUUAUCAGGCAAUCGAUUCUCUGGUAACAUCCCUUCUGAUUAUUUCGAAAACAUGGUCUCUCUAAAGAAAGCUUGGCUAUCCAACAACGAGUUCUCUGGCCUCAUUCCUCUUUCUUUGGCCACUACAUUGCCAAAUCUAAUGGAGUUACACCUCGAAAACAACCAGUUCAUCGGUGUUAUACCGAAGUUUAACCAAUCGACUUUAGCUGAUGUCGAUCUCUCAAACAACCGGUUAUCCGGAGAAAUACCACCCGGUUUAUCCAAAUUCGACGCGAGGAUUUUCGCGGGGAACCCUGGCCUUUGCGGUGCGAAACUAGCGACUCCCUGCACGCACACAAGAAAUCGGAGUGCAUCAAUUUCUAUAGAAGGAACAAUGAAAGAUGCAAACAAGAGCAAAUACUAUAUAGCAUUCGGUACACUAGGAGUCCUUUUUAUCGUUAUCAUCAUCUCCUUAGUCUUCAAGAAGAAGAAAAAGAAGAGACGCAGGAGGCGGACGCGUCGUACCACUGAACAAGACAGCAACGACGACCACCAGAUUCAGGUAACUGUUGAUGGAUCAAGAACUGGUGGAGAAAGGCAGAGUAAGACCAGUCGCUCCGGCGAGUUGACGAAUAAAUCAACGGCGGAUUUGGUGAUGGUGAACAAAGAAAAGGGUGUUUUUGCUUUGUCUGACUUGAUGAAAGCAGCGGCUCACGUUCUCGGAAAUCCCGGCGGUGGAAGUAGCCGUCCUAGCAGCAGCGGAGGCGUGGGGUCUGCUUACAAGGCGGUGAUCGCGAGCGGCGUUACGGUGGUGGUGAAGCGUGUGACGGUGAUGAAUCAAGUGAGUACAGAUGUAUUCGACAAGGAGAUUAAGAAACUAGGAAGCUUAAGACACAUGAACAUAUUACCUCCUCUUGCUUACCAUUUCCGGCGAGACGAGAAACUACUGGUGUUCGAAUUCGUCCCAAAUCUGAGUUUGCUUCACCGAUUACACGGCGACCACGGCGAGGAUUUUCAAUUAGAUUGGCCGUCUCGGCUUAAAAUCAUUCAAGGAAUCGCGAGAGGGAUGUGGUACCUCCACGAAGAGUUAGGGUUUCUAAGCUUGCCACACGGAAACUUGAAAUCGAGCAAUAUAUUUCUCUCCGACGACGGCGAGCCUCUCGUCUCCGAAUUCGGACUCCAAAGACUGAUCAAUCCCGACGCUAGAUCUCAAUCCCUCGUCGCGUAUAAAUCUCCCGAAGCGGAACGCGACGGAAUCGUCUCUGCGAAGUCCGAUGUGUUCAGUUUCGGAGUCGUGGUCUUAGAGAUCUUGACGGGGAAAUUCCCGUCUCAGUAUGCCGGUCUGAACAGAGCCGGCGGGACGAAUUUGGUGGAGUGGAUCGGCUCCGCCGUGGAACAAGGUGGCUGGAUGGAUCUGCUCCAUCCGGUGGUCGUCGCCGCCGCCGCCGCCGAUGAUAAAGCGUCGUCGGAGGAGAUUGAGAAUGUUUUACGGAUCGGUGUGAGAUGCACAAGAGAAGAUCCUGAUCAGCGACCUAGUAUGACUGAAGUCAUCGACGAAUUAACGAUGGAAGAUUCUAACGACGACUUCAUCACCAUAGAAACUUAGUUUCCACCGUCGCUUCUGGGAUUCGAUGAAUAUCAACCGUUAGAUUCGUCCAGAUUCACCAAUUUUUGUUUUAAUUAUGCUUUUUUUUUCUCUUUAGAUUUGUAUAUGAUUCAAAAAUUAAACUGAGGUUACUUGUAAAAGGGAGUUUUAAUGUUUGGGCAUAGAUUAAUAUCAGAUUGUU